GGAUAUGAACUGAAAACAGAAACUUCUGUUGGGUGUUUAUUGUUCUAUGCCUGGUGUUUGAAUGCAUAGAAUUAGAUGAAGCGUAUAUUUUUGGUCUUAGUUAGCAUCCUUUUCUGGUGGGCCUUUGAUCUCCAAUUUGAUGCUGAAACUUCACCAGAAUGCUUGACAGGGAAAUCUUUUGACUACUGUGAUCUUUGUAUCUGUUGAAGAUAAAUCAAUGUUUAGACAUCGUGUAAUGAAUCAGGCAAUACACAGAUACAGCAAGUUUCAGUCAUAUACUUGCUGAUGGUCAUGUUUCUGUUUUUGGAACUGCAAACCCUAAACACAUUUCUGCAAUUCAGAGAUCAAGACAUUGACUGCACUGAUACCCCUUUUACUUCCAGAACAGGAAAAUCAAGAUUCAGUGGUUAAAAGUCUUAUCACCCACUCACUGAAGUCCGAGGGCUAUAAUUGAUUCUGGUCCACCAAGUUAUAAAAGGAUUGUUAUAAAUCUACUGAGCUAGACUACCAUAAUAGCAAAAACAGUUAUGCUGAAACAUGAUAACCUCUGUAUCUAGCUCAUACCAUUUGGACAAAUUUAAGUUGUAGACAAGACAACCUUAAUAUAGAACUUCUUUUCCUCUCUUUUAGUGGUCUCCCAUGAUCUUGUAUUGAAGAAAAUAGCAAUGGUCAUCAUUUCUCUAACCAAUUAACGAAACUACUUCUAAAACUUAACUGUAAAAUCUUGAAAAUUAGCUCCGCAUUCUAACCAUAUGUAAAUUGACGUCCUCCCUCCCUCAUUCCUCUGCCACCGGCCACCCCGAACGGUGGGCUUAGCUCUUGUUCUGAUUCAACAAUGAGUCUCAAUUGCCUUACCUGCCAAUCCUCGCAGAGAACAAACUCAGAACAGGAAUAUUGUAACCGUGGGAAACAAUGCAAGAAGAUAUUUUGUAUAAAGGUAGAUAGGAGCUGGUCGGGGAAUUUGAAUCCACAACCUUAUAAACAAAUUAGGAGUGGAUCAAAAGUUGUUGCUGCACAGAAGAUGAGGAACUGCCAUCGUCGGCUUAAUAGUACCGGUGCGGUUAUCUUUGAAGGUUCUGGUGCUGAACCCAGGUUAGUGAGGAGCUGUGGAAUGAGAAGGGAUUGGAGCUUCGAGGAUUUAAGGCAAAGAAGGAAGGAGAUGAAGAAAGCAGAAGAGAGACUAUUCUGAGAUGAUUACCUUUCUUCUAUAUGUAUCCAAUACAUAUAUAUUACACAUUCCCCUUCCUUUUUGUGAUUUGUGAAUCUUGUAUGUUUG